CUGAGUGAGGGGGCGGUUACUGAGCAGCACCGAGGCAAUGUUACAAAAGAUGUGAACUCGCAUGAGCUUGUUUAUAGGACAUUAAAGUGAAACGUUUGUCUAUAAAUCAGCAUGAAUGGGGCUUCAUUUUUGACGAGGGCGUUGUCUUGGACAGUUAGUGAAAUGUGAUACUCUGUUUAGAGUGAAAACAGAAGGGAUUCGCUCGGAGAUUUGGGCAGAAUGUCCGACCAUCAGGAAUCCGAUGCCGAAGAGUUGUGGAACACCCUGGAUAACUACAGGGCAAGACUCACCUCAGUGAUCGAGCCCUACAGGAUUACACCCUACCUCCGCCAGUGCAAGGUCCUCAAUUAUGAAGACGAGGAGCAGAUCUUCAACGACCCCAACCUUGUCAUCCGAAGGCGGAAAGUGGGCAUGCUGCUCGACAUUCUCCAGCGGACUGGCCGCAAGGGUUACAUCGCCUUUCUGGAGAGCCUGGAGCUUUACUACCCCGACCUUUACAGGAAGAUUACAGGACAGGACCCCACUCGCACUUUCUCGGUUAUCUUAGAUGCUGGAGGAGAGUCGAGUCUGACCCAACUGCUGAUGGCCGAGGUGCAGAAGCAGCAGCAGGCGGUGAUCCAGAGCAACCGGCGGGUUCAGGAGCUGACCGCCGAGCUGAAGAACAAGGAAGACCACAUCAGGCAGAUGCAGGUGAAACUGAGCGAGCUGCACAAGCACCAGGAGCGAUUCUGGAAGAUGCGGGAGGAGCGCAACAACUACAGCGAGGAGCUGAGGAUAUGCAAGGAGGAGAACUACAAAUGGGCAAAGGACUUUGCAAUGCAGAGUGAGGAGAAGAACCAGGCCAUGAUGAAGAACAGAGACCUGCAGCUGGAGAUCGAGAAGCUGAAGCACAGCCUAAUGCUGGCGGAGGACGGGUACAAGGUGGAGAGGACUCACACCAUAAAGCUGCGGAACGCCAUGGAGCAGAGGCCAAAGCAGGAACUUAUCUGGGAGCUCCAGCGCGAAAACGACCUGCUGAAGGCAAAGGUGCAGGAGCUGGUCUGCCCUGAGCAGGCUGACGACGUCGAUAAAAGUAAGAUAUACAUCCAGAUUCUGGAAGACGACCGGAGGACGGCGCUGGAAGAACAUCAAGAACUUGUCAACAGCAUUUACAGUUUACGUAAAGAGCUUCAGGAUGUGGCAGAUUUACGAGACAAGUACCUGGAAGAGAAGGAGGUGUUCGAGCUGAAGUGCGUAACACUGCGGAAAGAUUCCCAGAUGUACAAGGAUCGCAUUGAAGCAAUCUUGCUCCAAAUGCAAGAAGUGGCGACAGAGAGGGACCAGGCUCUGAAGUCGAGGGAGGAGAUCCACAAACUGCACACGCAGACCUUGCAGCAAAAGGACAACUACCGCAAGCUGAUCCGCGAGCAGGGCGAGAGAUGCGACGAGCUGCAGAUUGAACUGUUCCGGCAAGAGGAGCAACUCCUGAACCUACAGGCCAAACUCAAGAAGGUCAAACAACUGCCAGACAGUUCGAUUACCCCCACUGGAAUCCAGGAUUCAGAACAGGAGUCGGCUGAAUGCUGUUGGACGCAGAACACAGAGACUCUGAAGGACCCCGACACAGAGCAGCUCCCAGCAAUGCUUAAAUAUACUGGCAUGAAGAACCUGCAAUCCACUGAGGACCAUCUGAAAGUGAAGUCCAGCAGGCUGAGAAUGAAGAAAAGCUUUGAAGACUACAGAAGGAAGCGGGCAAUCCGACUGAACAAGCAGGUGAAUGAUGGGGCGAAGGAGAACAUGACGGCGAGUGAGACCACAGACUCCGACUACUCCGAAGGCGAAGGAGGAGGGAAAAGUGACGAUGGGAGAUGAUCCAGACAUCUGAUGGGGACCGAAACUCCUGGAUUUGUGCUCAUUCCACACCACUGCCAUCACAGAGACAGCACACCUGGGAUUUACUGCUGCUAGCCACGGUUCACUGGCUCACACCUUCACCCUCUCCUCCACAUGGGCCAGCCGAUUGUGGGAUUGAGUCUUGGUUGGCCCUCUCAAGGCCAUGCUAUAGGGAGGCUGUCUUUCGGGAGAGCUGUUGGUACAACUCGUCUACUCUUUUGGGUUAGUAAAUAACUCCAGAGUUACCAUUUGGAAGGAUGAGCAGAACUCUUGUGUGUUCUGGUCAAUACUUACUCACAACUGAUAUCCCUGAGAUAGGUAAUCUGGUUGCUAUGUAAUUAUUCUUACAGGCUCCUACAGUAGCCCCAUAUCUAGGCUCUUUUUACUGAGGCAGUGAGAAGAUUAUGGUGUCUGAUAAAUACUUCUAUGUUAUUAUCAGGGGAAGAAACUCCAUUUCAAUAUCUCUACACUAAUCCUCUGCACGAUAACCUCCCUAUGUCUCUUCAUCAGUCUUCAUUCUUCUUUCCAGCAUCUAUUACUGAACCUGUGUCACAGUCCCUCAUUUUCCUCAGCUCUUCUUUUUCUCCAACUCUCUCUCUCUCUUCUCUUCCUCCUGGCUCCUGUCCUUUCUGUCUCUCCCCAGAUCCAAGCGUCUGCCCCUUUGUCAUAGUAGUGGCAUCCAAUUGACCCAAACUUACAUGAAACAGCACAAGGUCUCCCAUUAUUGUAAGGGGGUCCUGCAUGUGUAAGCUGUGUCAGUGGCUACCUUUAUCAUUAUAUUUUGGAGUGGGCUUCCACACAACAGCCAAAUAAAACUGCGUACUCAGUGUUAAGGUCUGAGUAACUUAAGGGCAUCACAUUUCUCUCUUGCCAUUUCUUUGAUAAACAAUAUAAACAGAAGGUCAAAAGGCAGGUUAACAAUAGAACCAGUAAGUGUGGACUAAGCAACAUGCACAAAAUGCUGGAGGAACUCAGCAGGUCAGGCAGCAUCUAUGGAAAAAGGUACAGUUGACGUUUUGGGCCGAGACCCUUAGUGUGGACUAACUUGUCACUAAACACGGUUUAUUUUGCCUUUUGUAGACUGCCUUCCCCUUGCGUGAACUUUCCCCAUCUCGUGGCUUUCUCACUGGCUCAGACUGUACUGUAACAUCACCAGUAGAUGGCAGCAUCUCAGCGUGAGGCACCUCUUCCUUCCUCUGUGAGCUGGAGAAGGACGCUCCCUACUCCUUGUCCAUGUGUAAGGCUGGUUGUCAGUAAAGUUGUUCUGAAAGAGACAAGCAUCCAAUUGGUUUACUAAUGAAUCCCACAAGGCAGCUUCUUGUUCUCCUUGUCGGAUUUGUGAACAGAUCCUGACAUGUUGCUUAGAGAUGACACAAACUUUCCUUAGCUGAUGAGUUUAUCCUUUGAGGUCACGUUGCCCGGACUAGGUGUGUCCUGAUGAAGGAUCUCGGCCCAAAACGUCCAUUGUGCCCUUUUUUCAUACCUGGCCUGUUGAGUUCCUCCAGCUUUUUGUGUGUGUUGCUCGGAUUUCCAGCAUCUGCAGAUUUUCUCUUGUUUGUAGGUGUAUCCAAUGUUGCUUGAACAUCGUUGUCAAAUGGGGAUGGCAUGACAGCAUGAUGUAACGCCAUUACAGUACAGUUAUAUUAGCAUAACCCCAUCACAGUACAGUUACAUUAGCAUAACCCCAUUACAGUACAGUUACAUUAGUGUAAUGCCAUUACAGUACCAGUGACCUGAGUCCAAUUCUGCUUACUGUCUGUGAGGAGCUUGUAUGUUCUCCCUGUGACUGUGUGGGUUUCCUCUGGGUGCUCUGGUUUCCUUCCACAUUCCAAAGACAUAUGGAUCAGUAAGUUGAUUGGUCACAUGGGUGUAAUUGGACAGAUGUGGGCUGUCUCCAUGUUGUAUCACUAAACUAAAUGGGUGGAGUCUUUCAGAAUCUAUGAAUAACCUCUUCUUGGACUUCCAGCUGGGUAUAGGUAUUGAUUUUUAUUGACAUUUCAAUGACAAACUCUAACAAACUCUCCCAGAGAAAUGGGCAGUAGCAGAACACUGCAUUUACAAUAGCCAAAGGAUUGACUUCGACGGCACAAAACUACUGUGCCAUCCCAAUGGCUUUUGGGACGUCUGGUGAAGGAAGCCAUUGAAAUAAAACUAGAGGAUUUUUUUUAAACAAAGUCGAAGGUCUCGGUCUAAGUACGAACUGGAAUUCGAUUGUAAUCAAGUUGAGAAAGUGGAAACCUGAUUGGAUGAGGUCUAACCAAUCAGGAGGGAUGGAUGACGGGGGUAUAAAUGCCAUUGGACUAGACAUGCCCAGGCAUCAUCUCUGAUGAAGAUGGCAGAAUUUGUCAAUGAAAUGUCAGUUAUAAUUGAUACCUGAACCCGGCUGGAAGCCCAAGAAGAGUUUAUUUGUCAUGUACGCUGGGGCAAACAUGGGACCCAUUUUCUCUGUCAGAAUCUGUUUUAUAACCAAGACUGCCUAUUAAUGAAGCAUCAAGGACACACUUCCUCAUCAGUAUUCUUGUUUCUUGUGAAUCGUUAAUCUUCUAAUUCUCCAUGUGUUCCUGUUCAGUCUUUCUGACAGCAAGAAAUCAUCUAGCCUGGCCUAUGCCACUUGCAGGUGGUCAGAUUGGAUCAACCUAUCCAUUCCCCACAAUUCACAAUAUCCCACAAAGAUCCAUAUAAUGCAAUAGUCUAAGCUGAGUAUUGACCAUGAAGCACUCCUUUCGAUCUUUGUCCAACAUGAUUUGCUGUUGACCUGUCCUCUAAGCUAAACAAACGGGUCAUCAACCAGAGGCAGGAGGUCUCUGCCUGGAAAAUCAAAAUACUUCAGCUGUCAGAAACCUGAAUCAGAAACGGAAAAUACUGCAGACACUCAGCAAAUCAGGGAGGAGCAGUUGGUGUUUCAGGCAGAGGACUUUGGAAAGGGGGCAGAAGAGGUUUACUGGGAUGCUGCCUGGAUUAGAGAGCGUGUGCUCUAACACAAGGCUGGAUAAACUUGGAUUGUUUGCUCUGGGGGGAGGAGGCUGAGGUGAGAGCUGAUGGGGGUUUAUACAGUGAUGAGAGGCAAGUUUUUCUACACAGAGAGUGGUGUGUGCAUGGAAUGCGCUGCCUGGGGAGGUGGGAGAGGGAGAUAUAUCAGGGACUUUUAAGAGAUGUUUGGAUAGGCACAUGAAUAUGAGGAAAAUGGAAGGAUAUGAAUGAGUGUAGGCUGAAUGAAGAUUAGCUGAGGAAUCUGAAGUAUGAUUGGGACCGACUAGACAUAACACAAAAGGCGCUGGUGCUGAUUGUGAAGAUGGAUAAUGAUCAGGCUGAAAACUUGGACGCUACAGCUCCUCAGCCCAGACAACCCUACAAGGUGUGAAAACCAGCUUAAAACCUCAGAAAAGGAAAACAAAACUUAUUCAUGAAGGAGACAUGCUGGCAUGGUGGCAAUUUUCACAAUGAUUCCAUUCAACUGAUGCUCUUGACUCUGAACAUGGAACAUAGCCCUUCGGCCCACAAUAUUAUGCUGACCCUUUAGCCAACCCCAAGAUUAAGCUAAUAUCCACACCCCCAAUUUUACCCUCCAGUUUUCUUUCAGCCAUGUGCCUAUCUACGAGUCUCUUACAUGUAAUGUAUCUGCCAUUACCACCACUCCUGGCAAUGCAUUCCACGCACUCACCACUCUCUGCGUGAAAAACCUGCCACUAUCAUCCCCCCACUAUAUUUUUCUCCAAUCACCUCAAAAUUGUGCCCUCUCCUAUUAGCCAUUUCCACCUUGGGGGGAAAAAGCCUCUGGCUUUCCAAUCUAUCUGUACCUCUUAUAAUUUUAUACACCUCCAUCAAGUUACCUCUCAUCCUCCUCGCUCCAAAGAGAAAAGCUGUAGUUUGCUUAGGCUCUCCUCAUAAGACUUGCCCUUUAACCAAUUUCCCCCGGGAUCAAUAAAGUAUGACUAUGACUAUGACUAAUCCAGCGGAGGUGAAGCACCAAAUACAAUUCCCUAUUUGGUGUUAGUGCAGCUACCUAAGUAGACAGGGUCCCGCUGAUAAUUUGCUCUUUGUUUCCCAUUCCUUCCACUCUUUACCAUUCAGUCCCUAUCCCUCUGUUAUCCAUGAUCCCAGCGAUGACGGGUCUAUUUUUGGUGCUGAAGUUAUCGAGGCAGUAGGAGGUGGUGGACAGCAGGUGGCGGUAUUGCCAAUGGAAUUGUAUUUGGGAGCUGGUUGCCAAGGGAUAAAUAAUUGAAUUUUUGAAGACAGUGGAAACACGGGGAGUCGUUGGGUGCAGAGUGGCUUCCAGGGCUAAUAAGAGGAUAAAAUAUUGGAAGUGGAAAGAGAAGAGAAGCAGUUAUCCUUCGGAAAUGUUAACUUUUUCCAUGGAUGCUGCAUGACCGGCUGAUUAUUUCUGAUAUUCUCUGCUUUGUGUCAGCAUUCCAGCUGUGCUUUGCUUCUGGGGAAUCGGGGUAAUACAGCGAAGGACAUUCUUACAUUAACACGUUU